CUGUCACCCGUGUCGAUGCGAAGGGUUGGAAGUUGCGUGCAGAGGGCAGCUGGCCAGCUGGAGCCUAGUUGCAUUCCGGUGAUGAAUUUUCUCCUCGAUAUUAGUCUGUAACUCACCUGUCGCACACUUUCAGAACGCCUUCGUCCUGUUUUAAUCUGGAGACCAGGUAGUUCAUGCGAGGUAUCAGCUGAGAACCACCUUGAGUCCAGAAUAGGUGAGUUGGGUGUAGGUCAUGGCAGGAAGAGGAGGAGCUACAAGACCUAAUGGGCCGAAUGCAGCCAGCAACAAAAUCUGUCAGUUCAAGCUUGUGCUGCUCGGAGAGUCUGCGGUAGGCAAGUCCAGCCUUGUGCUGCGUUUUGUCAAAGGCCAGUUCCAUGAGUUCCAGGAGAGCACGAUAGGAGCUGCCUUUCUGACUCAGACAGUAUGUUUGGAUGACACGACAGUGAAGUUCGAGAUAUGGGAUACUGCUGGUCAGGAGCGCUACCACAGUUUGGCUCCUAUGUAUUACAGAGGAGCGCAGGCAGCCAUAGUGGUGUAUGACAUCACGAAUGAAGAAUCAUUUGCACGUGCAAAGAAUUGGGUUAAAGAGCUUCAGAGGCAAGCUAGUCCCAAUAUUGUGAUAGCUUUGGCUGGAAACAAGGCAGAUCUUGAGAACAAGAGAGCACUGGAUUUUCAGGAUGCACAGUUGUAUGCAGACAACAACAGUUUGCUUUUUAUGGAAACAUCAGCAAAGACAUCAAUAAAUGUGAACGAGAUUUUUAUGGCUAUUGCAAAGAAGCUACCCAAGAAUGAGCCCCUGUCCGGUGGAACUGCCCCAGGCCGCAGCCGGGGAGUGGACCUCGCGGAUACGGCCCAGCCUGCCAAAGGGCCCUGCUGCAGCAAUUAGUUGCAAAUACACAGACACACCACCUCCCAACUAACUCCGCAUCACUUCUGGACAUGGGGCGCAUUCUUCCAAACCCAGCUCUCUGGAACUGCUAAAGACUCUGUAUAGCUAUGUUUCUAAUACCUUAUUUUUCUUUGUUUUUGUUUGUUUGUUUUUUUAAAACUUUUUUUUAAGAAAAUAUAAAUAAUUCAGUAUAAUGGAUGCAUGUAUCACUACAAAGCCUAAGUAAACAUUUUUAACCUGACUCAGCAGAAAGAUUGACUAGUCUGAAUGAGAGAAGAAGAAUGAGCGGUUGCUUGUGUGAGUGCUUGGUUUAGUUUUAAGAACAUUUAAUUAGUGAUCUAAUCUGCUGACUGGGCCACAUUAAUGCUAAGUUUGGGUAGCACUUUGGAUGCUUAUAUUUGCGGCUUGGUCCAACAGUGCAUUUGGCUUCUGUUUCUUUUAAGUGACAUAGUGUUGAGGGGGAGCAUGGAGGUAUCCUGAACAAAGGACUGUAGCUGUUAACUUACAUUCACCUCUCCAAACAAUAGAGAAAAAGCUGAAUUUUAUGCAUGUUUUGACCAUUAAUAUGGGAAGAAUUUGUCUUUUUUUUUUUUUUUUCUUUUCUUAGAACAAUCACAAUUCAUAUAGUAGUGUACCAUCCAGGCCUGUCCCAUUUUGCCACCCAAAUAAGGCACAGACAUCAGUGCAGUGUUUAGCAGCUUGAAAGGUGUUAAAGAAUCAGUGGAGGCUAAAUGUGUUUGUUUUAUGAGCUGGACCAAAACCCUGUGCUUCACAGGUCUUGGUCCAAGUGUGUAUGUUGUGUGCAGUACUUGUGCAGUGAACAGGCAAGACAUCUCGUUCUGACUCAGUUUCUGCCACCCAGCUGCCACAGUAUACCCCAUUCUGUUCUAUUUUAGAGAUUUUAAGAAUAUUAGUUACCUGGUAGCUUCACUUCACCCAUUACUAUCCUGGAUAAGUGCAGUCCAGUUCUCUAUUGAUUUGAGAAAUAGCUUAUUGUCAUUUAAGUAGGUGGCAAAGGGUUGUGAGACGUGUAGCUUUGUGGACUACUGAUGGCUCAGCCCUUACUGGGUUCUUGGCUUUGUGUUCCACAUACAUUAUGGCUGCUUCACUCAGGUAAUGAGCAAGUGAAGAGCAGACGAGAAGAAGUCAUCACGGUCACUUCUGAGCCAGUUCAGGGGCCUUCCAUCAUAAUGUCUGGAAUAUAUGAAAAUGGUUGCAGCAUGUUUGAUGCAAUAAUAUGAGGAGGCUGUGUGGGCCUUGGGGAGCUUCAUGGGGACUCAACCCACUUGUUACCAGUCAUUCUUCAAAAGUGACAUCAAUUAAUUAAUUAGUUAAGAUUGAACAUAUUACAGCCAUUAAUGGCUAUAGUGCUUAACAGUAAACUGGUUUAAAAAAUUUCCAGUGCAGCCUCACUGAUUUCAGAAGAAGACCAGAUCAAGUUAGUCUAAAUGCUUGAAUAUACAGGAGAAAUCUUGAUUGCUACAAUACUAAUCAUUUGCCAUGACAGACCAUAUGUACCCAUUCUUCUUUAUUGUAUAAUUCCCUUUUAAAACCCUUUGUUUUCACAGACUCGUCAAAUAAUGGUGGUCUUUUCAUGUAUGUAGUGUUAUUAACAAAUCAAGUUGACAGUUACCCAGUGUUUUGCCUUGUACUUCUUUCAAGAUGCUAAAUGUUUUUUAAUUCCUAAUAACCUAUCAAAUUGCACAAAUUUAAAUUGUAUUUUUAGUCAUCAUAAUAUUGGGACUGCCUGAUGUUUCUAUAGUGUGAUUAAACUCAAAUGGACCAUUGUGGGCUUGCUUAACUGUACUGCUAAUUUGCCACAGAUAGCUAAGUUAAUUAAUAGGCAUUUUGAGAGCCAAAAAUUGAUUCAGUGACAUCAUUGGCACUGAGGGUGUGGUGUGUUUUUGGGGUUGUGGGGAUUUUUUUUAAUGUCCAGGUACUAGUUAUUAUUUCCAAUAAAGGGGGUGAAUUGUAUGCA